CGGCCCGGCUCAAGUUCACCAAACUUGUCUGGCCGCAAUAAAACCCUCCUCCCCUCUGUUCCAUCCUCUGACUCUCCCUCCCUAGGGUCAACCGCCGGCGCCGCCUGAACCCUAGCCCCGCCGCGCCGCACCCCUGCCCCGCUGCAGGCAGCUGAGAGAUGGAGAAGGGGGCGUCGGAGUCGUCGCCGCUCGACUGCGCUCGCUGCGGCAAGCCCGCGUCUCUCCAAUGCCCCAAGUGCGCACAACUGAAGCUCCCCCGUGAAGCUGCUGCUUUCUGUUCGCAGGAUUGUUUCAAGGCAGCAUGGGCCUCUCACAAGUCUGUUCACACAAAGGUAGAUGCACUGACAUCCCAGCUGUCUCAAGAAGGCUGGAAAUAUUGUUUGAAAAAAGGGCGGACCCGGACUAUGGAGCUUCCUCGUUUUGAUUGGACAGGUCCAUUGAGACCAUUUCCUAUAUCAAAGAUGCGUUUGGUGCCAGACGGAAUCGAGAAACCUGAUUGGGCGCUUGAUGGAAUCCCCAAGAUCGAGCCUGACAGUGAUUUGCAGAAAAGAGUAGAGAUCAAGACCCCUGAGCAAAUUGAAAGGAUGAGGGAAACAUGCCGAAUUGCAAGAGAAGUUUUAGAUGCAGGUGCUCGUAUAAUCAAGCCAGGAAUUACAACAGAUGAAAUUGAUAGAGUGAUUCAUGAGGAGACAAUUGCCAGAGGUGGAUACCCGUCCCCAUUGAAUUACCAUUUCUUCCCGAAGUCAUGCUGCACGUCAGUUAAUGAAGUCAUUUGCCAUGGAAUUCCAGAUGCCAGAAAACUUGAAGAUGGUGACAUUGUAAACAUUGACGUUACUGUAUACUAUAAAGGUGUUCAUGGUGAUUUGAAUGAUACAUAUUUUGUUGGAAACGUUGAUGAAGCUUCGAAACAGCUUGUCCGUUGUACCUAUGAGUGCUUGGAGAAAGCUAUCGCAAUAGUUAAACCUGGAGUUAGGUUUCGGGAAGUUGGAGAAGUCAUAAGUCGACAUGCAUCGAUGUCAGGUUUAUCUGUGGUGAAAUCUUAUUGUGGUCAUGGCAUAGGAGAAUUGUUCCACUGUGCCCCGAACAUCCCUCAUUAUUCAAGAAACAAGGCUGUUGGUAUCAUGAAAGCUGGUCAGACAUUUACAAUUGAGCCAAUGAUUAACACAGGACUUUGGCGUGACCGUCUAUGGCCUGACGAGUGGACUGCAGUGACUGCAGAUGGUAAACGUAGUGCUCAAUUUGAGCACACCCUUUUGGUGACGGAAACCGGAGUUGAAGUUUUGACAGCAAGGCUGCCCUCAUCACCGGACGUCUACCCAUGGUUGAAGCCCGGUGUCAGCAAAUAGCAAGUGAUACGAGCACAUCUUUUUGAUCAACUUGCCAUUGAGACGGUGUCGACUCUCCAGAGGCCAAACCGCGUGGAUUUUCCUUGGGUCACAACUUGCUGCAACCAUUGUUCUUUUUACCGAAUGUCGAUCAUUUGUGCCAAUUCGAACUGAGUUAUAUAGUUGAAUGUGGUGUUGGGCACAUGAGGUGUCCUCCCAUUAUGCUAUGUCAUGAGAGUCAAACAUAUGAUGAUUCAUACAAUUUUGAGCAGAUUCAUGCCGAGUUAUAUUGUUACAUGAGGUCC